AUGUUUCAGCCAUCCGGUCAAUCCUCGAAAUCGAAGCACCCUAAAGUGAAGGUGCUAGAUCCGGAUAUUGAUUACUCAAAGGUAAAAAGCGUACAUAGCAUAUCGUCAUGGUGGGGUAUUGGUGGCAUAUUUAUCGUCCUGUUCGUUGGCAACAUUACCAACUACACCAACUCGCACCUUCCGGAUGGAUUACGAAACGCGCACCUGACACACUUCCCGAACGCUUUCAUUGCCGAGCGCGCCUGGAAAGACCUAAAGAUACUGAACGAUUUUGGCCCUAAACCAACGGGCACGUACACGAACGAGGUGCUGGCCGUUGAUUUUCUUAAUCGCGAGAUUUCGUACAUCGAUCAGCUAAAAAACCGCAACCAACAACUAAUCGUACAGAAUCAGAUGGUAUCUGGCGGGUACGUCGGGGUGUACAUGAACAAGUCGGCCGCGAACGUGUAUCGUAAUGUGCAGAACGUGGUGGUAAAGUUGGUCGGACGAAGCGAAAGUUCCAGCCGGCACGCACUAUUGCUUAACUGUCACUUUGAUUCGGUGGCCGGGUCACCGGGUGCAAGCGAUGAUUCCGGCAGCUGUGCGGUGAUGUUGGAAAUUUUGCGCGUCCUAUCCCGCCAGUCGGAGCUGAACCGGUAUUCGAUCAUUUUUCUGUUUAAUGGUGCAGAAGAAACGCCACUACAGGCAUCCCAUGGUUUCAUCACGAAGCAUCAGUGGGCUGCUGAUGUACGCGCCUUCAUUAACCUGGAGUCGGCCGGUUCUGGUGGUAAGGAAAUGUUAUUUCAAAGCGGUCCAAAACAUCCGUGGCUGAUAGAAGCUUACGCAAAGGCUGUCCCAUACCCGUACGCACAGGCAGCCGCAGAAGAAAUCUUUCAAUCCGGAGUGAUACCAUCCGAUACAGAUUUUCGCGUCUUUCGGGAUGUUGGACGCAUACCAGGGAUGGAUUUUGCACACACGGCCAACGGUUACCGGUACCACACACGGUACGAUUCGAUCGAUUAUAUCCCACUGUCGGUACUUCAGCGUACGGGGGACAAUAUCUUAGCGCUUACCAGAACAAUAGCCAACGGGGACGAAUUGGGUAGCACGGAACGGUACGCCCAAGGUUACAUGGUAUUUUACGAUUUUCUCGGCCUUUUCUUCGUCUCGUAUUCGGCCGAUGUAGGGCUGAUGAUCAAUUUAUCAGUGGUGCUGCUAUCGAUCAUUAUACCGUUCCUAUCGUUGGCACGUUCCACCAGCGGAACGCAUGGAAAGCAAAUCCGUUCGGAAACGAUGACCGGCUUUUUGGCAACCUUUCUCGGCGCAGGGGCAAGUGGUGUGCUUUGCUUUUUCAUCGGUCUUCAGCUCGAUGCGGUGGGACGUUCCAUGUCGUGGUAUUCAUCGACGAACCUGAUCCUGGGCGUUUACUGUUGUCCUGCAUUGCUGUGCCAGUGCAUAGUGCAUUUGUUGUGUGAUCGUUUGUUCGGUAGCAAAACGACGCCUUUGAGCCUCGCACUCAAGGUACAAGCUCGACUGAAUGGCGUAAACCUGUUCUGGGGUAUGAUUACUCUUGGCAUCACAUUCACGGGCUAUCGACUGGCAUACAUCUUUAUGGUGCUGAUACUGUGCUCACUGUGCUCCAGUACGCUAAUUUCGAUGCUCGCACUACAAAACACCGUCCACAAGUGGUUGCUCAUCCAUACGUUCUUCCAAAUUAUCGCCCUUGCCUGGAGCACUCAGUUCUAUCACAUUCUGAUGAACAUGUUUGUCCCGAUUACGGGCCGCAUUGGUUCGUCCAUCAAUCCGGACGUCAUUAUCGGUACACUGGCUACCUUUACUACGCUGUUCAGCUGCAGCUACCUGACACCGUUACUGUUUUUGCUCAAAAAGACGGAUAAACUAAUUGGAGAGCUGGUAGCUAUAACGCUGAUUGCACUGGUGCUUGCAUCGUCCACCCACGUUGGUUUUCCGUACCGUGAUGAUGCGGUCAAAGCACCGGCCGUUCAGCGCCACUACAUUACACACACGGUGCGCAAGUUUUACGACUAUAAUGGAGGCGAGCGAUACACCGAUUCUGGCUUCCUGCUGCAAGAGCUUGAUAGGAAUGCGAAAAAAACGAUUGAGGGCAUUGCGAUGCCCGAUGUGGUGACGCCAAUGCGGGAGAUUCCUUCCUGCGACAAAGAAUUGUUCUGUGCCAUCCCAUUCUAUUCGAUUUGGCAUCAAGUUUUGUUCGAGAACUAUUGGCUGCCUGGACCGGCACCGGUGGUACGACAAGCGGUCACCGUUUCACUCAGGGAAAAGGAGCAGUUGACCGAGCACGAGCAUCGUUUGCAUCUAGUGCUGAAGGGAAGCUUUCAAUCUUCACUCAUAAUUGGACCGAAAGCAGGCUCCAGCCUAAAACGCUGGAGUUUGUUGAGCGAAAUUCCGGCCCCGAUCGAGUUCAAUGGACAGCGGGGACAUUUUGUGCUGCUAACGGCAGGCGUUGAGAGUGAACCGAUGAACAUCACGUUGGACGUGCGCCACGAGCUGAAGAAUUAUGAUGGUCCGUUGGUCGAUCUGCUCGUUACGACGACACAUUGGGAGUAUCACAAGGAACACACGCCCGUGUUCAAUCGCCUUCUGGCGCGUGUACCUAGCUGGGCACACGUCGUCCCCUCCGUAGCCGCUGUCCACAGCUAUACCUACUAGUGUUAGCGCUUGUUCUUUUCUACCUACA